AUGCUUGGGCAGCUGAACGUGGUGUUAGAGGCAGUCCAAGAUGUCGUAGACGGACUUGCAGAUGCUUUUGAGCAGCAGCUGAACAUCGGUUUCCAACCCCAACCAUGGCAGUUCGGAGUGUGGCAACUCAAUGGGCCGAUCAACGGCCCGAACGAAGGAGCUCCCGCAGAGAACCCACCGCUCGUCGCUCCUGGGGCCGGCGGCGGACUAGGCACCUUCGGCCUCGGUCGAGGCUUCUUCGAAAAGAUACCGCUGAGCGGCGACUCGUGGAAAAUUAUCUUUAUGGGCGGCCGAGGAAGAGGGCUACCAGCCACUAGCCGCAACAGUCAGGUUGCUCGCAAUCUUCGCGCGCCAGACUGGAGGGAGGUUCACUUGCCGCCUUUCCAGAAGGACGUCUACCGCGAACACAUCACCACGGCAGAGCGACCUAUAGAAGAAGUCGAAGCGUACCGGCAGGCCAACGACAUCACUGUCACGGGGCGCGACGUUCCUAAGCCCAUCCUGCAUGUCAACGAAGGUGGUUUCCCUGAACACAUAUCUAAGGUCAUCGAGGCACGCAACUCUGGCUCAACGCUCAGCGCAAUCGAAGCGCAGUGCUGGCCCGUUGCGCUCAGAGGUAAAGACCUCGUCGCCAUUAUCCAGGAUGCAUCAAAAGGCAAGCCUCUCGCUUACCUCGUCCCGGCGAUCAUACACGUUAUGCGCCAGCCGGUUGUGUUGCGGGGCUCUGGACCUUUAGUCCUGGUGGUCACAGCGACGCGGGUAACGGCCCUACAGGUUCGGGAAAUUGCCGAUGAGCUGAAUGCGGGGUCACCGAUUCGGACGUUGUAUCUCCAGCCUGGUGAACCCCGGCAACCGCAACUCAAGCAGCUCGUGGACGGUGCCCACAUUUGCGUUGCCACGCCAGGCCGCCUCGUGUCUUUCAUGGAGGAGUGUCAGAUAAACCUGCGCUGCUGCACUUACCUGGUACUGGACGAAGUUGACCGCAUGAUAAUGAUGGGCUUCGAGAAGCAGCUUCGCAUCAUUGCGAACAACAUCCGUCCUGACCGCCAGACUCUUGUGUGGCUGUCCUCCCGCUCAAUGGAUGCGAACCGGCUGAUAGAGGAUUUGACGAGUGAAUACGUCACUGUCAGCGUCGGUGCGGCUGCCCGUGAGGACCACAAGUGCCAGGUGCAACACGAUGUCAUCAUUUGCGAGACAGUUGAGAAAGAGCAGAAACUCGUAGCCCUUUUCAACGACAUCCUUAGAGAGGAAAGUGACAAAGCCGUCGUGUUUGUUGAAAGGAAGCAAGCGGUCGAAGAUAUCGUGUCCUUUCUUCGCCUCCAAGGUUGGCCCGCCGUCGGCAUCCACGGGAAAAAGACAGCGUAUGAACGCGACUAUGCGCUGAACUCCCUCAAAUUCAGCAAAGUGCCCAUAAUGGUGGCGACCGACGUGGCAGCUUGUGCUCUAGCAGUGGACAAAGUGCGUCUUGUCGUGAGCUACGACUACCCGAGCAGCGCGAGCGAAUACUCGCGCCGCGCGGGGUACGCGGCUCGGCCCGAUGGAAGAGGCGUGAAGUACACGUUCAUAUCGCCCGAUGAAACUCAGCGUGCCAAGGAGCUGAUAUCGUUUCUUCGAGAGGCCAAGCAAGUUAUACCACCAGAGCUAAGAAUGGUAGCAAAUAAGAUCAAGGGAAGGUAG